UCCAUAAAGAAAAGAUAUAAUAAACCUCGCAGAAAAUUGGGUUUCAAGCGAAAAUGGUGGAUUUCUCUCGGGUACAGAAGGAGCUUCAAGAAUGCGGCAGAGACUCCCAGUGUUCGGGCAUAAGCAUCAAGCCCAAAGGCGAUAAGCUUACGCAUUUGAUCGGUACAAUCCCUGGACCUACUGGCACUCCUUAUGAAGGCGGUGUUUUCGAUAUCGAUAUCGUCUUGCUUGAUGGGUACCCCUUUGAACCUCCAGGAAUGAAAUUCAUUACAAAAGUUUGGCACCCCAAUAUCAGUAGUCAGAGUGGAGCCAUAUGCCUGGAUAUCUUGAAGGACCAAUGGAGUCCUGCUCUUACUCUCAAAACAGCACUCCUUUCUGUGCAGGCAUUGCUUUCUUCUCCUCAGCCUGAUGAUCCACAAGAUGCUGUUGUUGCUCAGCAGUAUCUCAAAGACUAUCAGACAUUUGCGUCCACAGCGCAUUACUGGACAGAAACAUUUGCUAAGCCAUCAUCUCUUGGAAUGGAUGAAAAGGUGGAGAAACUUGCAGAGAUGGGUUUUCCUAAAGCUUUGGUGAAGAAGACUCUGGAGAGUGUUGGUGGUGAUGAAAACUUGGCUCUAGAAAAGCUUUGCUCUGGCUAGAAUUUAGUUUAUCCUUUAUAUUAGAAUCAAGAAGGUUCAUGGUUUCUAUUUGCUUCAUACUUGAUUUUACUUUUUGAUCAAUAACUUCUCAUAUUGGUCUUGUGCCUAGCUAUUCUACCAUUCACAAUGCAAUUUGUGGUGUUUUAGUUUAAAGAAGAAGCUUGAGUUCA